UCUCUCUUAUUAAGGUCUAUGGUUGUCACUUGUGAUUAACCUCCUCGAAAAAAUGAAAAAUGAACUCUUGGAAAGUUUUUCACUUCGUUAAAAAAUUACUGUCUCAGGAUUCGCUAUGUUACCUGCCAGAGACAAGAGGUUUUCAAUGUUUACUCCUUAGUAGAAGGCAUCGUGGUAGUUAUACUGCAUAUAAUACAGUAAAAGCAAGAGAAGAAGCGUUGAAAAAAAUUCACACAUAUCAGAACUUCGGACAAAAUAAAGCUGCUGACAAUGUGCCAAUAUCUUUGAAGUAUUUGAAUAAUGUGAAUAAAACCAAUGAUCAUCAGGGACAAGAAAAUAUCUCCAAUAAAAUUAUUGAAGAACACAUUCCUGUUCAAUUUCCCUUCCAACAUGUCCAUAAGUUAGGAAAAGUGGACUAUAAUUCUGAUUCUAGUAUAGAUUCAUAUGAACUGAUGCAAUUAAGAAAUGAUUUUUUUAAGGAGAAGAAUAAUUGGAUGUUGAAUUAUGACAACUUCCAGGAUACUUCGUUACCGACUAAGAAAAAUAGAAAAAAUCAUGAUAUCAACUAUGGUACUGCAGAUCCCAAGUGUAAAAUAAGUAGUGUACCCUGUGGUGGCUGUGGUGCUUGCCUGCAUUGUAAGGACCCCUCUCUACCUGGAUAUAUACCAUCGGAAAUAUUCAAAAAUUCUAGGGAACUGGGUGGGGCUGACCUGACAGCAUUAAUUUGUCAAAGGUGUUACUUUCUGAAGAACCAUAAUGUAGCCUUAGAGGUCCAAGUUUCAGAUAGUGACUAUCCCGAAGUAUUGAAAAAUAUAAGUGCCAGGAAAGGUGUUGUAAUUCUCAUGGUGGAUGUGACUGAUUUUCCUUGUUCUAUAUGGCCUGGUAUUGCUGAUAUAUUUCAUAAAAUGCCAAUUUUAGUUGUUGGUAAUAAAGUUGAUCUGUUACCAAAAGAUAGUCCAAAUUAUCUUAAUCAAAUAAAAAGGAAUUUGAAAGACUCCAUCAAGGCCUAUGGAUUUGGUACUCAUUUAUUGAUUGAUAUUGUUUUAAUUUCUGCUACUACAGGAUAUGGCAUUGAAGAUAUGAUCAUAAAACUUCAGAGUUCUUGGAGACACAAAGGGAAUGUAUAUUUGGUAGGCUGUACCAAUGUAGGAAAGUCCAGCUUAUUCAAUACCCUCAUCCAAUCGGACUUCUGUAAAUCUCAAGCAGAAGAUUUUGUCCAGAGAGCUACAACAAGUGUUUGGCCAGGAACAACAUUAAAUCUCCUGAAAUUUCCUAUAACUAAACCUGGUGGAUAUAAGCUGGAGCUGCGUCUGAAAAGAUUGAAACAAUUGAAGAAAUUGGAAAGGUUUGAAGCUCAGGAAAGGGAGAAAUUGUUGAAAGAAACAAAUGACUGGAGACAUGCUGUUCUGAUGGGGAGGAUUGAUAGAAGUUCAUCAAAAAAUACAGAAACUGAUCAUCAAGAUGUAUUUUCAAUAAGACCGGCCAAUAAUGCCACUGGUACUACAACACUAGGACUCAAUGAAAAUGAUCCAUUAUAUGCCCACAGUCGUUGGUGCUAUGAUACACCAGGUGUAGUCCAACCUGACCAGAUACUCAAUUUGUUAACAACAGAAGAAUUGUUUCUGACAAUUCCAAAAACUCUAAUCAUACCACGAACAUACUGUAUUCGUCCUGGAGAUUCCUUAUUCAUUGGUGGACUAGCAAGAUUGGAUUUUCUUGAAGGAAGAGAUUCAAUUUGGUUUACUGUAUUUGCUUCAGCAGAGCUCCCAAUAUCUCUAUGUUUGACAACAGAGGCUGACGAAUUCUAUAAAAAACACCUGGGAACAAGGUAUUUGAAAGUACCGUUCGGAGGUUCCGAGAGAUUGCAAAAAUGGCCAGGUUUAUCUAAUGCUAAAACUUUCACUGUGGAAGCCAUUGACUUCGAUUAUUCAUCAAAAGAUGUAGUUCUAUCUAAUGCGGGUUGGAUUUCUAUCACCGGUAGAAGAGGCAGAACAAUGAAGGUGAGAGCCUGGACUCCCGAGAAAAGAGGAGUGCACUUAAGGGAUUGUCUCCUUCCACAAGCUGUUAAUUUCAAAGGAAGAAGAAUAAGUUCUACACCUGCUUAUAAGAAGCACAGAUAUUUCGCAGAAGAGCAGUUGUGGUACUGAUUAGAAAAUUGGACAACACUGAAUAAUUAAUCUUGCUGGUUAUCUUCUGUUUCCUUAAAAGCGAACUCUGUAUUCUACAUAAAAUUUUUGAUUAAU